UGGCGUGCGUGGCGGCGGGACGAGGGGAACUGCACAGAAAUGGAGCGGCCGGGCGGAAGCGCUCCCGGAAACGUGCCGCUGCGCCCCUCGGACGGAGGCCGGCGGCAGCCAGAAGAGAUCAGGGGCGCCGGCUCCGCCAUGGCCAAGCAGUACGACGCGGUGGAGUGUCCCUACUGCGACGAGGUCUCCAAGUACGAGAAGCUGGCCAAGAUUGGGCAAGGCACCUUCGGGGAAGUGUUCAAAGCAAAACAUCGUCAAACAGGCAAAAAAGUUGCAUUGAAGAAGGUGUUGAUGGAGAAUGAAAAAGAGGGGUUCCCCAUCACAGCCCUACGGGAGAUCAAAAUCCUCCAACUACUCAAGCAUGAAAACGUCGUGAAUCUCAUUGAGAUCUGCAGGACCAAAGCCUCUCCGUACAACCGCUGCAAGGGCAGCAUCUACCUGGUAUUUGACUUCUGCGAGCAUGACCUGGCUGGACUCCUCAGCAAUGCCCACGUCAAGUUUACACUUUCGGAGAUCAAGAAAGUCAUGCAAAUGCUCCUGAACGGCCUGUACUACAUCCACCGUAAUAAGAUCUUGCAUCGGGACAUGAAAGCAGCCAAUGUGCUUAUCACCCGUGAUGGUGUUCUGAAGCUGGCCGACUUUGGCCUGGCUCGGGCCUUCAGCCUGGCAAAGAACAGCCAGCCCAAUCGCUACACUAACAGGGUGGUGACUUUGUGGUAUCGUCCUCCGGAGCUGCUCCUGGGGGAACGAGAUUAUGGACCACCCAUUGAUCUCUGGGGCGCAGGAUGCAUAAUGGCAGAGAUGUGGACCCGAAGCCCCAUCAUGCAGGGAAACACAGAACAGCACCAGCUCACUCUCAUCAGCCAGCUUUGUGGAUGCAUAACCCCGGAGGUGUGGCCAAACAUGGAUAAGUACGAACUGUAUGAGAAGCUGGACCUGCCGAAAGGGCAGAAGCGCAAGGUGAAGGAGCGGCUAAAGGCGUACGUCAAAGACCCAUAUGCUCUGGAUCUCAUAGAUAAGCUGCUGGUCCUGGAUCCUGCCCAAAGGAUAGAUAGCGAUGACGCCCUGAAUCAUGACUUCUUCUGGUCCGACCCUAUGCCCUCGGAUCUCAAAAACAUGCUCUCCACCCAUAACCAAUCCAUGUUUGAGUACCUGGCUCCUCCCAGGAGGAGGGGUGGGCAUAUGCCACAGCAGCCGGCCAAUCAGGGCAGGAAUCCAGUGGCGACCAAUCAGACAGAGUUCGACAGAGUGUUCUGAUGGCUGUGGACCAAGAACAAGAAUGGAGUACCGGUUUCCAAUGGAAUAACGAAAAUGAUUUGUUUCAGCUGUUUUUUUUUUACUGUUGCAAAACAAAACAAAACAAAAACUGGUGGGAAGAGAACAAAACAGCUGUGUGUCUGUGUUUUAGGAGCUGCAGGGCUAGAUUAAACACUGGAUAGGUGUGUAGAUUUCUGCCUAGCUGGGCUAUCACAGACUGAAUUGCGGCUUUUCUGUGCUUGUUGAUUUCUAAAGUACUGAAACAAUAUCGAACUUUUUUUUAAAAAAAAUCCAUUGGUUCUAUGAAUUUGCACUGCUAGGAAAGUGUGUAUCUGGUGUGCAGGAGCAUGGAGCAGAAUGGGUAGGGUCUUGUGUCCAAGAAUGGCUGCUGACUUUGGAUCAUACCGUGGGGCCUGUCCACUUCUGCCAGCAAGCUCCACACGUGUUGUGGCGGUGGGUUGGUUAGGGUGGCCAGGAAGCAAGCUGCAGAUCUCCCAGGCUUUGGUAACAGAGGUAGCCUUCCCGUGGUGGCAGAGAAGAAUGCGGACCCAUCCUUGAGCCACUGUAGGAUGGCCAUCUAACCAGUGUUUCUUAGAGGUCCCCAGCUGUUGGACUACAAGUCCCAUCAUGCCUGACCACUGGUCAUCCUAGCUAUGGAUGAUGGGAGUUGUAGUCUAACAGGUGGUCACCCAAGUUUGAGAAACUGAAUUCUAAUCUUUUUGCUGAACCACUACGUAGCUCUGCCAUGGAUUUUGUAGACUUCAAGCUUUAUUAUUAUUAUUAUUAAAAAGUCACAACAGCAGGCAGUAAAUGCUCACUUACUUGGGCCUAACAAGGCAAGAGGUCUGAUGACUUUCCACCCUGGGAAUGGGUGGGGAUACUUACCUGUAUUAUACUUUUAUCAUGUUCUGGUCUUUUUCUAAAUAGCUCAACUGUAAUAAUAAAAGGUAUUUGCAUAUAUAUUUGGUACUGUGUAAGAGUUUCUUUAUUUUUUAGAUUGCAGAGUUGGCCAGCGGUGUGGUAUGGUAGUUAAAAGUCUCAGAUUAGGUGUGGAGUACAAAUUCUCCCUUUUGGAGCUGAAUGACUUUGGACCUGUCUGUCUGUCUGUCUGUCUCUCAUAUGCCUGCACACACACACAUUAUCUCUUGGCUUACCUCACUUGCAGGGUGGAUAUGAAGAUAAAAUGGAACAACUAUGUAUGUCAUUUUGAACUCCUCUGAGAAAAUGUGGGAUAAAAGAAAUCAAUAAUAAGUAAAUACCAUUCUGAUCAGGAGGUUUGGAAUGAAGAGUGCUGAUUGAUCUUCUCUUAGAAGUUACAACUGUGAUCGUUCUGUCCAGUGGAAUACCCAAAAAUAGGGCAUAUUGGGGCAGGGAGGGGGCCUGCUGGGAAGGAAUACACAGUCUCCCCUCUAUAUCGCAUCCAACCACCUGCCAGUCCUCAGAUGAUGGCUUUCAGCCAGUCAGAUCCUACUCCACAGACCUCUAAGGGAAUUGCAACUAGAAUACUUUAAAAGGAGGUGUUAACCCACAUUAACAGUACGGGUGUACUGCUAAAUUUUAUUUGGUAUUGUAAAAUGUAUAUUAACUCUCAAAAAAUAAUUCUUUGGCCUGAAUUUAGUUUAAAAGGGCAUGCAUUUCUGCCUUUGGUUUUUGGGUGGAGAUGAUACAGCCAGAUUACACUGCUGCACUAAAUUAUACUGGGAAUCUCUUUUUGUUUUAUGUGGCAACAAACGCUUCCUCACUAGUGAACCCAGCCAGAUGGGAGGGGUAUAAAUAAUAAAGUAGUUUUUGUUAAUCUAUAUCGAAAUGAUAGAUUGGAUGAGAACAUGAAACAUUGGAUGAUAACAGGGUAGUUUCUUACACAGCUCUGACAGAAUAGUGCCUCAACAUUUUACUCAAAUCCCUGCUGCUGUCACUUUCAGAGAUGUUUUGUUAAAAAAAAGCAGCUGGGAAUUGUGGCCACUUGAUGGUCUAAAUGGACUUUGGGUGCUAAGGGUUAAAAUGUGGGUAGACCGGCCAAAGCCAAAGGGAAGAUUAAGGAUUUCGAAUACGUUUGCUUUGCAAGGUUGAGCAGGGUGGAGAGAAACCGCUCACCUUGUGCAGGGGAGGAAGGCUUGGUAUGUCAGAGGGUAUCAGAACAUAUCAGAGAAGUGCAGUGCAGUGUAGUGGUUAGAGUCUUGGACAGAGACCUAGGGACCAGGGUUCAAAUCCCUGUCGAUCUUGGGCCAAUCACUCUCAGCCUAAGUUUUCUCAUAGGGUUGUUGUGAGGAUAAAAUGGGGAGCGGGAAAACUCUAUGCUGCUUGAAAGACAGGUGGCACACAAAUGUAAUUAAUCAGUGCUUUUUUUCCCGG